ACCAUUGGCUGAGGGUCAAUUUCAAAAACACAACCAGUUUCCUCUUACCAGAAUGGACUUUGUUCCCCAACACUACCACUACUUCUACCAGUUCACCACCCACUCAGCCCGUGGAUAGGGGAAUGUGGACGGUGAACUCCAUUGGCCGCUUGGGGAACCAGAUGGGAGAAUAUGCCACCCUCUAUGCCUUAGCCAAGCUCAACGGUCACCAAGCUUACAUCCUUCCAGCCAUGCAUCAAUAUUUAGCACCAAUUUUCAAGAUCACUUUGCCUGUGAUUCCUUCUGAUGUGGUUGCCAAGACCCGCUGGAGAAACUACGAUCUGCAUGAUUGGAUGUCAGAGGAGUAUCGUCACAUCAAGGGCAAGUAUGUCCGGCUGACAGGCUACCCUUGUUCUUUUACCUUUUAUGACCACAUCCGCCAAGAGAUACUUCAGGAGUUCUCCUUCCAUGACCAUGUCAAGGCAGAGAGCAACCAAUAUCUUCUGGACCUGCGGGGGCAGCGCACAAAUGUGACCUACAUUGGAGUGCAUGUUCGGAGAGGGGAUUAUGUCAGGGUAAUGCCCCAGAUCUGGAAAGGUGUGGUGGCUGACAAAGCCUACCUAGACAAAGCCAUGGACUACUUCAGAGAGAAGUACCCCAAUCCUAUCUUUGUUGUGGUCAGCAAUGGAAUGGACUGGUGCAGGCAAAACAUUAAUGCUUCCAGAGGGGAUGUUCAUUUUGCUGGUGAUGGACGGGAAUCAUCCCCAGGGAGGGAUUUUGCUCUCAUUGCACACUGCAACCACACAAUAAUGACCAUUGGGACUUUUGGCAUUUGGGCUGGCUACCUGGCUGGUGGGGAGACUGUUUACUUGGCCAACUACACCCUCCCAAACUCCCCCUUCCUCAAGGUUUUCAGGCCCUCGGCAGCCUUCUUGCCUGAAUGGAUUGGGAUCCCAGCUGACCUUUCCCCUCUGCUGCCCAAGACUGUGGCCCAAAUUAAGAAUCCCUAA